AUGUCAUUGCUAUUUGGCGCAAAACCAAAUAAGAGAAGGAGUUCGAAGAGCAGUACAACGAUAGCUUCACCACGGAAAGGCUAUAUAGCGGAUCGGAUACUUCUUAGUGCGUACGCGGCCUGUUAUGGUUAUAUCGAAGAAGUCAUGGAUAUUUUUUUAGAAGUAUUGUUGGAUCCUUCGACAGAAUUAAAAACGUCACACCCAAAAGCGUUGUAUAGGUUGGGAUUGUGUUACCUCCAUAUCGGGAGCUAUCAGAUCGCCGUUGAGCUAUUUCGGAGGGCAGCCGACCGGAAGUGUGCCAAAGCACAAUACAGUUUGGGGAUUUGUUAUUUGGGUCAAAUUGGAGUACUGCGCUGCUACCAAGAAGCAGAGAAAUACUUGGUGCAAGCAGCGCGACAAGGAAAUGUAGAUGCGCAAUUAACCCUCUGUUUGCGUCAUGAUGGUCAUCAUAAAAGAGUGUGUUUGUUAUAUCAACAUGCGGCCGAUAAAGAAGGUGCGACGGCGCAACAACUUGUCAAUCAAUUGAAUCGUAAUUCACAAAGCGGCUGCUGA